AUGCCCCAAGCCCUCCAAGAUGCAGCCUUCAUCCCAUCACCUACAAAGUCAUGGAACACGAAUCGUCUAGGCGCGCGCUUCGGCGUUGACAUUGUUAGCGCAGCGACGGCCGGUGCUUUGACCUGCCCGGUCAUCACGGUGAUUGAUAGGGCCAUUAUCGAGAAGGCAGCCAAGGGCGUCCCAAUCCGCGAAACGAUCACGUCCGCUUUCCGCUCCAUUAUCCGCAAACCAUCUGGCUUCUUCUUGGGCACGCCGUUUCUCCUCAUCUAUACCCUAUACACAUCGACCUACCUCACAGCGAACACGAUCGACACCGUCACCUCCAUGCUGAAGGAUAAGCCUUUCUCGACCGUAUUCCCGGGUACCGCAAAGUUCAUUACAACUACAGCUGUGAACAUGGGGAUAUGUGUAUACAAGGAUGCGAGGUUCGCGCGGAUAUUUGGGAAACAAUCGUCUCAACCACAAGGACAGCCACAGCCACAACCGCCGUUGGCCAAAUCGCCCUCCAACGGCCUCUUUACGGCAACCAUGCCCGCCUCCUGCCACCCGUCCCCCUUAACGGUCGGAGCCCCCAAAGUCCCCAAGAUCUCAUAUACGCUCUUCUGCCUCCGCGACAGCAUCACAAUCUUCGCCUCCUUCAACAUCCCUGCCCUCAUCGCGCCCUCAAUACCAGACUCCAUCGCUGCAACCCCCGCAAUGAAAGCCGCCAUCGCGCAGUUUAGUUGUCCCGCCCUCAUGCAGUUCGUCAGCACGCCCAUGCAUCUUUUGGGUUUGGAUCUGUAUAAUCGGCAGCCGCCCGGCGGGCUUGGAUGGAGGGAAAGAGUCGGGAGGAUCAGGAGAGAUUAUGUGGCCAGUUGUUUUGCGCGCAUGGGGAAGAUUGUGCCGGCGUACGGGAUAGGUGGUGUUGUCAAUGUCAGGAUGCGCGCGGAGUUAAUGGGGUGGUUGGAGGGAUUGGACCAGGCUUGA